ACCAGCGUUUGAUUGGCAAAUCUUAUUUGACAUUGACCGUAAAAGCCAAGCAAGGCUAUAACGUGUUUUAAUUCAGGAUUUAGUGAUUACAUUGUCUUUUGAAUAAGACAAGUGAGUCAUAACAGCAGGAGCAAUUAUUUUAAUUAAAAUUGGUCUUGUUUCUUUAUUUCUUUUUCCGUUUUUUUCCCCAAGAAGACAAUAUAGACUGCAUUAUUUUUUUAAAUAGCGUUAUCAGGAAGAAAUUUUCGGAGUAAAAAUAUUUUCUUGAAAUUGUUUUAUUUUGGGAAUCAAAACAAGCAAUGGGUAUGGGCAACCCUCUGGAAAUCUCAGGUAGUGAGCUGGUGCAGAUUCUUCGGACCCCUGCGGAGCUCUUCACCUCUGGCGGAUGCGUCCUGCUUGACACUCGGCCUUUCCUGGCCUUCUCCCGGGCGCACAUCUGCGAAUCCCGCAAUGUCAACUGGAACUCUAUGCUGCGUCGGAGAUCCAAGAGCUCCGUGGUGAGUCUGGAGUGGCUGGUGGCGGACAAAGCUCUCCUGGCCCGGUUACGAAGCGGGGAAUUCUCACUCGUAGUUGUCCUUGAUGAAGGCAGUCGGUCCGUCGCCGAUCUGAAGAGCGAAAGCCUCGCGAGCCUUCUCAUCAGUGCACUUCAAGCAGAGAUCCAGACUUGCACGACGCAAAUCUGCUUUCUACAAGGUGGAUUUGACGGGUUCUUCGCCGAUUUUCCCGAGUUCUGUUUUAACUCCCCAGUUGGAAAUCACGCUGCUCUCAGCGAGCCUGAACCCGUCGUGCCUGGACGUCGAACACCCCUGUAUGACCAGGAUGGUCCGGUGGAGAUCCUCCCCUUCCUCUUUCUGGGCAGCGCUCAUCACUCCUCCAGACGUGAGACUCUGGAGGGCUGCGGUAUCACAGCGGUGCUUAACGUUUCCUCUUCCUGUCCCAACCUUUUCGAGGAAGAGUUAAGAUACAUGACUCUUCGUGUGGAGGACAGUCUGGCUGCCGACAUUCGUGUACUUUUCCCCAAAGCCAUACAGUUUAUUGAAUCCGUAAAGAACAGCGGCGGACGAGUUCUGGUCCACUGCCAGGCGGGAAUCUCGCGCUCGGCCACCAUCUGCCUGGCCUACCUGAUCCACGCCCGUCGCGUCCGACUGGACGAGGCCUUCGACUUCGUUAAACGACGUCGCCACGUCAUUUCGCCCAACCUGGCUUUCAUGGGCCAGCUGCUACAAUUCGAAACAGACGUUUUGUGUCACUACGCCGUUCUCGACGCAGCAGAAAACGGGAAUGCUUUCCAGUACAUCUGCUCCGAAGAUGGGAACUUAUGACCGUGCUGAGUACUGGAAGGCUGGGCUUGAGACAGACUAAUGAACUUGACUGAAAAGUGCCUUCAGAUUCAAUCCUGGACAAUCUUUUUUUGUCAAGGGAGAGAACUGGGGCUGGGGGUCAACUGGACACCCCCCACCUCCCCCCACCACACCACAUCCCAUCCCACAACCUUGGCCAAACUGUUUGGAACGGAUCAGGCUACGUGCGCCCACUUCAGACCAGACACAUUCACCUCUCUGACCACAGGAGCAUAAAUCAAGUAGCUCGUCCUGACACUAUUAAAACCAAGGAUUUAUGAAAACUUGAAUAUUCGAACGGGGUGUGUUGGUUUCCAUGCUGAUUUUGUGUUCUCUCGGGCAAUAAGGCAUGUUCUGAGCUGUAUCUACGGAAACCUGUUACCUGUUGCGUUAUUGCAUCAUUGCAUUCUGUCUGACUGAACUGAGUGGGUUCCAUGACCGUAUUAGGAAGUGACGAGUUGUGUGGUUUCUAUGCAGUAAAUGUCAACCUUUUCCAUGACGAUACGGCAACAUUUUCUUGCCACAUGAUGGGCUGAAAAAAGGGCAAAGACCAAUCAAACUGUGACAUAACUCAAAUUUGCUAUUCAUAAUUUAUCAAUGUAUGAGAAUCCAGAAAAACAAAAAACAAACAAAAAAAAACAACAACAACAAAACCCCCAUACAUCCAUGGUGCAGUAUUUUUUGAAAAUAAGUGUUGUGAUGACACUGUAUUGUAAACAUGUUAAGAUAGAGAGCAGAAAUGUCCAUAUCUGCAGCUUUUGAGUUUUUAAACUAUAGCUAUUUAUUUAUCUAUUUUUUAUUUUCAUAUUGAUUUUUUUGUACAGUGAUGUGCACUGUUUAUCAAAGCACUUUACAAUGAAUUGUAAUUUAUAUUAUUUGUUUGUUGGUUUGUCUGUUUUUCUUAUGGAUCUGUUGGUUUAUAAGCUACACUGUAUGAAUUAUUUCUAAAUAUAU